CUUCAUCAUGCAGGAUACAUUGUUGCAGCCGUAAUGAUGAACACGUACGAAUAAGAAGAGGCGCUGCAGGUACAGCGAGAUAUUAUUCGGUUUUAAACAUAUCCCUGCAAACCCCGUUUUCCCCAUAAUGUCGGGCGGGGAUCUCCGCGUUCUUGGCCAAGAGCCCGGGCAGGAGAGCCCGAGGAUGCCGGCCUGGAAGCGCGAGAUCCUUGAGCGCAGGAAGGCGAAGGGCGGCGGAUACGGGGCAGGUGCCGAGUCCGUCGCAUCUCGACUUAACGGCGAGGUAGUGGGCAGCAAAAGCAAGGAUGAUGUUACCAGCGCACAUUCCGGCAGAAACUACACCAUUACGCCCGCCAGCCAGAAUUUCGGUGGCAAACGCGCAACCAAAAGCCCGGAUCUGUCACCGGUGAAAACAAAAGAGCACUGGCCGUCCGCGGAGCCGAGCGAGCCGGAGGAGAGAACGGUAAGAGACAACGGAGCGCAGGAGAGCCUGGUGCUGCAAGAGAGCUUAGGUCCGCUGCAGGAAAACCCGUUUAUUAAGUUUGAGAAAGAACGCAGGAAGCGCCAGAGCCAAGACAACGCUGAUCGUCCCGUUCAGCACAUCCUGGAGUUAUACGGGAGCGUUCCCGGGAUACGGACUAUACGCGCUGACAAUAUCAUCAUUAUUGAAUCCGACCCGGAUUACUUUUCGGAAGGAUGUGGUUUGAUGCAUGCAUCGAAACUGCAGCAGAACGGCACGGUGAGCGGAUACAGCUCUCUCAAUGAUCUGCUAGACCGGAGAGGUAGUCCGGUUACCGAGAUACGCGCAAAGGAAGUGGUUAUUUAUGACACCGCUCUCAGUAAAAGCGAGGAGAACCUCAGCACGUUGGGACGGCCGGAUUCCGCCCCAGUCGAGGGGCAAGGUAGGGUGAGUCGCAUGCUCCAGAAAUUUGACAGGAAUUACGGGAAGUUGCAACCGAAGUCACACAGCACGGAAAACCUCCUGGACCUGGAUUCUAGUCCUGUCCGGCCAAGCUCCCGACCCAAACCUCUGCCAGAUGUGGUGCCAAAAGUUGGAUCUCCUAUCCGUAUUCCACAUAGCAAAGUCUUCCACAACAACCAGUCUUCCAAUCAUCACGCCUCUCCUAGUGACUCGGGGAGCAGUACACCUGUUUCCGGGUCCCCUCAGUUAGUGUCUUCCGCACGUAGGCGUUUUGAGGGUAGUGGGGGACAGAGUGUGACCGUGUGCCCCAAGGAGGACACCGAGAGGUUACCGUCCAAGCCUGUUAGAGAAAGAGACUGGGACAGCACAGAUGGGGCCUCCAAAGCCAAGGUGCCAUGCUCUCCGGAGAGCCACCAUGCCCGUGCCGAUUGUACGCCCAGCUCCAUUUCACCCCCAUUAUCGCCCAGCUUUGAGAUCCGUCCCUCCCCUCGCCCGAAUCUUUCUCUCCUUCCUGCUGGCGACAUACAGGCCCGUGCCCUCGCCAACUUGCGCCUCCAGUCUCGCAAUUCCUUCACCGUCAUUCCCAAGGGUCGUGCGGCCAUCUCGUCCCCUGGCAGCACAGCGCCCUCCAGCCCGGUCCUGUCGCCCCCAUCCCCACGACAGCCAGUGGGUGUGGCAGCUCCAGAGCCUGCAGUGCCAACUCCCUCGCCCGCUCCAUUAUCGCCCCCCACACCAAAGCUUACAGAAAAGGUGACUGUAGAAGCCAAAACGGAGUCUCUGCAGAUCACUCCCAGCUCACACGUCCCAGCUUCAAGCCCCUCAGCUGGCUCACCCACCAAAUCGGCCCUACUUCCAGAGAAACCUCUUGUUGAUAAGCUGCCCAUCACUAACAUCGAUGACGUAGUGGUGGAGGCCACAGCGACUGUCCCAAGCCCUGCAGUGCAGAGCCGCAAAGGGAAUACGUUUACAGUUGUACCGAAAAGGAGGCCUGAGGCCCCAUCCGACCCCGUUGAGGACCAGGAGCCCGUCACUGACUCUCAUAGCACACCACCUGCCUCACAGGCCCCCUACGCCCAACUGGGCACCCUGCUCAAAAAGCGCUACCCUGCUGCGGAGGAGAUCGAGGUCAUUGGGGGUUACCUCUCACUUGGGCGAUCCUGCCUCUCCAAGACUGGUUCAACAGGAAAAAAGCUGAACAUAUCGUUCAACGAGUCCAGCCUGCAGAGCACUUUCGAAUACCCAUCCGAGAGCAGCAUAUGGGACAGCAGAGAGGAGGAGGAGGAGGAGGAGGAAGGAGAGGAGAAAGGAGAAGAAGAUGAUAGAGGCAUGAGCAGGAGCAUAAGCAUUCCCCGCGCCAACUACACCAGCUCACCCAUUCACUCCAACAACAGCACGGAUCUGUCGAAUUAUACACCCAAACACUCAGUGGAGUUUAAUGCCUGGCAAAAACACAAACUCGAUGACCCUGCUGUCAGAGGGGAAGAUAAUUCACAGUGUACAGAGGAGGUCAUGCUGACACCUGCUGAUAGCUCCUCUCUGUCAGACUUCAGCAGUGAACCAGCCCUCUACUUCUAAACCUUCCAUAUAUCUGGAAGAUUCGGGACCAACCACUGCCUGCCCACACGCACCAGCCUGGAUACAAACAAACACAACUUCCAGAACAGCGGGACCAGUAGCAACCAGCACGUCAACAAACAUUGAAUAUUCCAUGUCCACACGCCAUCAACGUUCACAGCAGGACUGUCCUCAUCAUUGAUAUACAGUGGUUUAAUCAUUCACUCAUUUGACCUCGUGUUGCCACGGAUUGUGGUUGUGAUCGUCUCUGUUAACUUGGAAAAUGGCUUGAACAGCCGAUCCAUCUUGGAAUUCCACACUCUCAGUCAAGGUCUUGUGCUAUGUAUGUAAUCCUCACCUCAUGAAAGUGACCAAAUUCUGAAAAGACAGAUGACUUUGACUGUCCUUAAAAUGGAGAGACUUUUUCAGAGUGCGUAUAACAGGAAUCCACAAAGAGGACAAUAAGUGGGUAAAGCAACAAAAAAUGAAUGCGACAAAAGUAACGUUUGUAUGUAUGAUUGGUGAAAGGGUGCCACAAUCCUUGUUCGUUGUGAUGUUCGUUUUGUAUGUGCAUGUGUAGAUCUUUAUUGACUAGUCUCUCGAAAUGUAUAAUCCCUCCACCUUUCGUUUCGUAUGUUUCUUUUUAUCUGUCUGUGUUUCGUUUAAGUGGUAGACGUUUCUGAUGCACAAAAUGAAAACCGCACCCUCUAUACUAUAUACAGCUGAAACACUGUAUUCUAGAUGCAUUUGAAAAAAACAUAAGCUCUUAAUUGGUGAAUUGGUAAGUAUAUUCAUUUUGCAUUGGUUUUCAUGCUAAUAGAACUUGAUUGAUUACAUUUGGCCAUCAUCUGGAUCACCAAACUUUUAACUACAACUAUACAGUGUCAAAGAGUUAUGCGGUGAAUCUCACAAAAACAUGUCCAGGUCAUAUUUCACCCCAAAAUCAAAAGCAAAAAAUACUAUAUUAUUAUAAUGUGAAUUCCAAAAAAUGAAGCCUAUUUUUAGGACCUUAAAGAUUCUUUUGCAAUGUGACAUUUUUAUGACACUUAAGCAUAUUUACUCAGCAAAUUGUCAUUACCGUAAUUCAUGCAGAGUUUUUCGAAUCUCCAUUAUUCUCAGUACUGAUUUUCAUUACUGUAAUACAGCAAUUUUUCUGAAUUGAACAAAUUACUGCAAUAAAAUAUUUAUUUUAAUGUAAUAAAGUGGUUUGAUUUUGUGAAAUAUGACCCUGGGCAUGCUCUUGACUGGUUUUAUAAACCAGCUAACCAACUAAUGCAUUAAUUUGUCAAUAAUCAUGCUUUAGUUUAUAACUUUGUUCUGAAAUGAAAUGAAAGGAAAUGGAGCACUCAAUGUGAGUCAUGAAGGGAACAUUAUUCAGUGGGUUUGUGAGUGUACAUGUGUGUGCAUGGGCUGUGUGUGUGUGUGCGACACAGAGAUUGACUACAUACACACAAUGCCAACUGACUCGAGUGUGUCAUAUCCAUACAGUGACUACAGCAUAUCUGAUCACUCGUCUAUUAAGCCUCUCCGACCAGUAUUGAUGUAUAGUUUGUACACUCCGGGAUGAAGUUUUCAUAAUUUAUUUCUUGCAUCUUUUAUGACUUUUGAAUACUUUGUCAAUUUGAAAUCAACAGCAGCACCAAGGUGCUUCAGGAUUAUUUGUGGGCUAAUUGUCCAUGUACAAAUGUGGUAUGUUUGGACAGCUUACAUCUCAGUCCUUGCUUUUGUAUUCAUUCAUUUGCACUGUCUGUUUUUGCUUUAUUUUGCACCUUUUGCAGUCAUGAGCUUCAUUUCCCUCUGGUUUGGAAUAAUGCCUUUUUGCAAUCUAAAACUAUUCCGUUCUCACAACUUUUCAGUCUCUUUUUAUUAUUUUAUGUCUUGCAUAUUGUGACUUCACAGAAAUCAAAAGUUGUGUCUAUUAAGAGCAAAACUUUGACUUGAAAUACAGUGCAGCCCUGAACUGCUCAUUAAUAUCUUUAAUUUCUUUAAAUGUUUUUCUUCAAGACAUUGACAAAAUUGAUCAGUGAUUUUUCAUAAAUGAUGGUUAAUGGCAAAUUUGAUUUAAGAUGAAGUGUGUAGUUUCUGCGCCACUAAACUUCACCAAACGCAGUUGUAAAAAUAAUUACUGUUUUCAAACAGAUUUUCUGAACACUCCUGCUUGCCACCGGUUGAAUAAACCAUUAGUCCCGCCCCAAACUCAUGCCACUGGUUGAGAUGAUCAAACAAACAGUAAUGUUUUGAUAGAGCUGUGGCUGUUUACACUUUUCUAGGAAAUCAUCAUACAAAUGGCUUUCUUAUAGUUGACUGCGUAUUAAGCUGGGAUGGAGCAAAUAUUAAAAAAAAAAGGAAUUACACACUUUACCUUUAAUAAAAUUUCAAAUACUGUAAGGCUAUUUCAGAAAGUGUUCCACCAAAUCUUACAUUCUUGUAGCAUGGUAUACUGUACAAGUCACUUCAGUGUUUGGCUUACCAACCCAGUAUACAUCUAUCCUAAACACAUUAAAUAUUCUUGAGGGACAUACAUUAUAAGUGUAGAGGGUUGGGAACUAUUGCUUUUGUGCUGUGACUUCAGGUGCUUCAUUAUUUCCUGUAACUCCAGCCAAGCCUCAAGCUGCUCAUUGCUCUGGUGUAAGUUAAUGUACUGUAUAUCAAAACGU